AUGGACCGAAAGCGCCUUACUGUCAGGUACGACUCCCUAGUCCACCUGUCAUGCGAGGACGGCUACAUCACGGCCGCGGGGCUGCAGGCGGAGGGUCUCUUUCUCCGCGACAAGACCGACCUCGACAUUGACCAGGAGCCCCUGCCGCUGCUGGGGUUUGAGACCAGCGUGUUUCGCAUCGAGGCCCCCGCGUCGAGCUCCGCGGCAAAGACGCAGGAGCUGGACAGCAGUCGCGAGAACAAACAGCUUUUCAGCGAGAACUUCAGCAACCUCAACACGGCGCCGCAGCUGACAUACGGCAAGCCCUUCCUCCUCGUGCAUGCCGUCAGCCAGAUGCACGUGGCGGUGUUUCCCUCGCGGCCGUCUGGCAUUGACCCUGACUGCGUGAAGCUUGUGCUUGCGCCGCCGGGGGAGGUGGAGCCGCGCUUCUGCGAGUUUGUCAUGACCUCACGGUACAAAAUCCACGACGACGGGGAUCCCGUGUGCCGCGGCGAUGAGGUGCUGCUGCGGCUGGCGGCUUACCCCAUUUUUGUGCACGUCACGGCCUCCGCCCUGAAGGCCAAAAAGGCGGCAGACGCGAGUGCGCCGGGCCAGACGUCCCCCGGAGAGAACAGCUGCAGCAACUUCAGCGUGUUUGACAGGAACGUGCUUCCCAGCGAUCCCAGCGACGCCCCGCAGCUUGAGGUCAACGGCUCCGAGGAGCGCUCGGUGGUCUUCGUGCUGCAGCGGUACGACAUUGGGAGGGACCAGGCGGACCGUCAGCGCGCCCUGCACCAAGUCGCCCGGCCGUGCGUGCCCGCGGGGAAGCCCGUCGUCCUCUACCACCGCGAGCUCAAAAGCCUGCUCACGACGAGCCUCACACAGCCAACGAGGCAGGAGCGGCAGCGGCAACAGGAACAGUUGGAAGAGACCGAAAAGUUUUUGGGGGCGGACGUUGCGGGCGGCGGCGGUGGUGGUGGGCUGCCGAUGCGGCGGCGCUACUCCUCUUCGGAGGGCAUUGCCCGCUCGAGGUGCGCCACGCAGGCGAAAGGCGACGGCGCCUCCGCACCCGUCGCGCGGAAUGCAGGCGACGGCAACGAAGACGACGACCGCGACCGUGCCGAGGAGGCCGACGAGGACGCUGCCCCGUUCCCGCUGCUGCUGAAGGAUGACGCCCCGACGGCCCCCGCGCUUAACGGCGGGACCGCCCUCGACGAUGCGAGGGACAGCUGCACCGUGCUCUGGGUCUUUGAGAACGAGGACCCGACGGUGGGGGGCCCCGUGCGCAUGGAGUCCGUGCGGUACCGCCUCCGGCAGGCGUGCUCGAACUUGUACCUGGCGGUCGCCGGCUCCGGCGUGGACGCCUUUUUUGAGGAUAACGCGAACAAUGACUUUGCGGAGCCAGUGGACCCCAUUGAGGCGGCCUCGCUGGAGGGGCGAAGUGACGCAAGCCGCAGCAGUGCCCAGAAUUCACCGCGGGCCAUCUCGCUCUGCAUGAUACCGCCGCCACGUACCCAGAAGGAUCUGGAGCGCACGCUUUUUACAAUAACCCCGAUGUUUGCUUCCGAGUGCGGCUUCCUCAUCGAAGAUGAGUGCCUUGUACUUCAAAACGUAUUGACGGGCAUGUACGUCUGCACAGAGGAGGCGCAGGGCCGCCCUUGCCUCCAGUGGCAGCCAUCUGUUCAUGACACCAUUACUGCACGGUCGACGUGCUCAGACAUUGAGCAGAAGAUCAUCUUUCUCUCUUCGCACUGCGAGAGGCUCUGCCGAUACCGUGACGUCUUCCAGGCAAUGGCGUCGCUGCGCCCCUCGCGGCACGCCUCCUGUUUUCAGGGCGGGGGAGAUGCGGGGUCCUACGUCAUGCAGUUCACGAGUUCUGACUCGCUUGAGCAGUCUUCAAAACGGACCUCGGCGGCAUUUGUGCAGGACGACGAAGUUUACACCGGUUUCACGAGCCUGCGUCCUCGGCGUCGCGACGGCGGCAAGGAGGCGCCGUACAGGUCGAUCCUCCCCAUCAUUCGUGUCUGCCAGAGCACCCUGGAGGAGCUCAUCCGCUUCUGCUCCGUCUCGCGCAUACGUGACGCGCUCCGCCUCGACGGGAUUCCGAUACCGCGCUGCCAGCGGAUGAUGUUCGACAUGACGAUUCACCGGCUUGUUAUGGAUGUCCUACUCGCACCCUUCGCGCUGCUCCGGUCAACGGAGGCGGAGGGCGCCGGUGGGCAGCGUGUGGCGGGCAUGCGCCAGUGGGGCUGCAGCCCACGACUGCCCGCACUGCCUCUCACGGGCGGGGUUGUUUGGCUGGACGAGAUACUCGAGGAGGCGCACGCUGACGUCCACCGCGUUUGCCGCCUCGCGUUGCGGUUGCUGCGGCAGAUGGUGCGCAAGGCGUCGACGCUGAAAAUGUGGUUGGAUGAAUUUGUUCCCUACCUCUUGGAACUGGACGGGCGCCGCUUUCACGUGGUGGACACACUCACCGAACUCUUCUCGGACAACGUCAACAUUCCAAGGCCUGUGGUGGAGUCUGUAACGGACCACUUCAUUGGCUGCCUGCGUCGUGUGCGCAGCGCCGGAUACGUGGAUCUGUUUGCCGCCAUGUGCACCAUCGGCUUUCGCGGGAUCGCCGGGAGGCAGGCCAUGGUGUGCCAGAAGCUUCUCGUUGAAAACGGGGAUUUGAUUUCCCGCUUCGUCUUGAACGGCGAGGGGGAAUGGGCUGUGGUGGUGAACGAGGGCGAGCCCCCGGUCGCGUACACCGCCGUUUUCAGUCCUCAACAGCAGCAGCAGCAGCAGCAGCGGCGCACGGAUGCGAAAGUUGCCUCAUUUUUACAAAGCGAGAUCGACCUACUGGGUUGCCUGUGCUUUGACGGCUGCCCCCCUGUGUGCUGUGCGGAGGUGGGGAAGGUGUUUCCCGCGGAGGUGCUGCUGCGGGCCGUAAAGACGUUCGUCUGGACCGGGGCGGAGGUGAUGGGGCGUCCCAGUCCGUUGGACCUGCUGCGUGGCCGCGUCUUGCGGCUUGCGCUGCAGUGCUACAUCAUGCCCCGCAUCGACGACAUCGCGGUGCAGCUGCGGGCGAGCACCGUCCUGUUUGGCUCCAGCUCUCUCCGUCUGCCGGAGAACCCCCAGCUGCCGAUCUCCGGCAACCUCGACGACGACCUGAUCAGCGCAGUGAAGUUUGCAUCGCUCAGCAUUAUCCGCGCCAAUCCACACUUUGUGCAGUCCGACGUGGCGCGGAGUGUGCUGCUGCGCACCUCGCUGAACGCCUGGCUGCGGUUCACCGUGGCCCAGCAGGUCUCUGCGUGUGAGAUGUGCGGCCUCAUCCCGCCGCUGCUGAGCCUGCUGGACGGCACCAAGGACGUCAUCGACGACAGCGCCAGCAAGGUCGCCGCCCACACCCUCACCCGUCUCGAGGUCUCCGAGGCCAGCGUGCAGGUGAUGGAGACGCGUGAGAUGAUCUGCAUAACCCUCCUCCAGCUGCUGGAGAGCGUCUCCAACAUGGCGGCAGACGACAUCAUACAGUUUCUCGACGACGCCUUCGUCAAGGGCGUCAGGUUUCCACGCAGCAGAAUCAGCGGAUUCUUGGGCGCCGACGGCGGCCCCAACGCUGAGUCGCAGAUGAAGCUGAAAAUAUGGCCCGAGGAGGAGCAAAGCCUGCUGCCGGCGAAGGACGGCGAGGGCGGCCUCCUUCGCCGUCUCCGGGGCGGAUACCACUCCCUUGACGCGGUGGGCGAGCCACAUGAGAUGGGCGGCGGCGUUAGCGCCACGGAGGUGGUGGAGCAACUGAAGGGCAUGUGCAAGAGCAUCAUGUGGCAAUUUCGCGUGGAUAAGCUUGUCCCGCUGCUCAUGGACCUCACCCGCUACGACAGUCCGCAGCUAACAGCGCAGGCGACGGAGUUGCUGAUUCGCCUCUGCGCGGUGCGGCGCACCGUGGCGCAGCGUGUUCUGCAGGUGCACACGCUCCCCUCUUCCGAGGUUGUGCACAGCUUUGACCACCUCUACACGGUUGCGGUGCACACCCUCACCCUGCAUCGACGUGGGUGCUUUGACGACGCCGUCGCGUUUGCCCUCGCAAGUGUUGAGGAGCCUGAGAGGCCGCAGACGGCCGUCGCAGCGAAGGAGCCGCAGCAGCAGCAGCAAGGGGAGGACGAGGAGGACGACGACGAGGAGGAGGAGCACUUGCUCGACAGCGCGGAUGUAAGUGGGGAGGAUGCCAGCGCGGAGGAGGCGGAGGCCGGCGCGGUUCGGGUGGGAAGGACAAAAUCCGGUAAACGUCAUCUGUGGGAAAAGGCGGCCGGGGCUGUGCGCAUGUUGGCGUACCGUAACGCCGUCCGCCGCCGCCGCCGUUCCGUGGGGCUCAGUGACACGUCGCAGGCGCCGCUGCGGCUUGUCAUCCGGGUGGAGAUGGUGUGCCACUGGGGCAUCCACCUCACGCUCCUGCGCAUGCACCCGUGCAUUGACCCCGACAGCCCAGCCUUCUUCCAGUGGAUGCGGUUCUUUUACCUCUUCACAUUUUCCCGCGACAACGCGAGGAAGCUGCUGGGCAGCAUCGACCUCUUCAUGCGCUCGCUGACCCUUAACCCGGUUUGCACCGUCAUGUGCCUGCACAUCAUCGUCGCCAUCUUUGCCUCCAUCGCCGACCCCACCCCGUACCUCAGCAACGUCUUCCUCGAGGAGUGCGUGAAGUACAUCGACAGCGAGGUGUCGGCGCGCCACUCGGACGAUAUCUUCCUCUCGCAGCUGAGCAGCUACGUCUUUGCCAACCCGGCCGUGGGCGGCGUGGCGCGGCGGCGGAUAAUGCAGCUUCUGCGGGACCACAACACUCUGCGGUGCUUGCCGGGCCCCGGGGUUCCGGCGCCGCCCGUCGGCUGCGGCUUCAUUGCCUCCAUGGUGGAGCUGCUGUGCCACAUCUGCAGCUCCUCCACGAGCGCGCUGGCGAUGGGGCAGCGGGCGCUUCCGAUGAACAACAUUUUUUCCAUCAUCCUGGCGUACGGCUCCCACUUCAGCCCGCUGCACUCGUUGCACCACAACCGCGACGACGUGGACAGAACCAAGUUCCAGGUUGUGGGGACCUACCUGCGUGCCCUUGUCUCGCUGUACAUCACCGCGGACGGGGAGGAGGGGGGCCAGGGAAAGGAGCUGCGCAAGCUGGAGUGGAUGGGCAACAGCGAGUGGUGGGCGGUUGUGACGAUGCUGAUGGAGCAGCUGCAGGGGCUCACGGACCUUAUUGCGGAAAACAAGGGAAAGGUGGUGAACCGUGGCCUGCGCGUGAUACAGCGCUACAGGCAUGUGUGGCUUAUGUCGAUACCCGUUACACUCCUCACCUUUUUCGCGGACUGCUUUUCAGAGGCGACCUUUUACCACUAUCAAUCCUCUGUGGGGCCCAUCCUUCACGCCAUGUGCGGCACCCUCAUGAAGUUCGGGGUGACGCUCAUUUCCUCUGCGGGUCCACUUGACCUCAGCGUUCGGGAGGCCGUGAACUACCGCCGCCUGCUCGGCGUGCUGCACAUGCAGACGGUCGGCAUCGUCGGGCUGGAACCCCUCGCGAAGGAGCUGGACACCGCCCGCAACCACAUCGUGCACUGGCUGCUCCAGCGCGAGCGGGACUACAAGGCGGAGCGGCAGCGACAGCAGCACGUUGUACUGGAAAGGAGGGCGCGGGGCAAUGACGUGGACGAAUAUUCGACUACACGAGACAUUUUCCUUGCCGGCGAGGGCAUGUCGCGGAGCAUACAGUACUCCUUGAGUGAUUCCUUUUCUAGAGGCUUAUUCCUCUCUGGCGCCGCGGCGCGACGCCGCGACGUGGAGCGCAUCCGCGACGCCCUUGGCGCGUUCGUCAAGAAUGACGUAUUGAUCCCCGUAGAGGACAGUCUCGCACCAGGCGAGGCGGCGAGUGUGGCGAACGCGCUGCUUCGUCGCAGCACGGGGCUCUCGGGGAUCCGCGGCUUCGUGUGGAAUGCGCUGGACGGCAUGCGGAAGCGCUACUUCAGCCCCAUGGCGCUCAUCGGCCUGCUGAAUCUCUUCUACAACGCCCUCCACACCAGCCUCCAACCCACAGAGCCGCAGUCGCCGGAGGCCGAGACGAGUCUGGGGCACGACGACGCCGGGUACAACCUGCAGCUCACCUUCAGCGAGCUGGGCGUGUCGCACAUGGUCACCGCCCUCUGCAACCUCGACGACGACGUCUUGACGUACAGCGCGGUUCGCCUCGGCGUGAUGAUUCUCGAGGGCGGCAACCAGCGGGCACAGUUCACGCUGCUGAAGUACCUGGAGGCGCACCCAGGCGGGUUCUGCUACAACGUUCGCGACUUGCUGCAGCGGUCGCUGUGGUGGGUACGGCGCAUUAACCUGGAGCAGCAGCUUGUCAUUCUUGAACGUGGCGGGGUCCUCUUUUCCGCAUCAAACACGCGGUCCACCUCCGCCUUGUUCGCCGCCGUACUUAAGUCCUCUUCAUACCGCGACUACGGCGGGAGCAGCAAGCACCCCACGCUUGGGUGGGACCGCGUGCAAGGCUGCAUGCGUCUACGACUUCUCCAGGAGCUCUUUCGCAUGCUGCAGCUCUUCUGCGAGGGCCACAACCUCGGCAUGCAGAAUUACAUUCGCUCCCAGCACGACAACAUGCAUAGCGUGAACCUUGUCUACGAGGUAAUGUUGCUCGUCACGGAGCUAUCCAAAAUUGUGCACUACGCCACCGUCGACGUGGUGCGUGGGGGCUUUGAGUUACUGACGGAGUUGUGCCAGGGCCCGUGCCACGCAAAUCAGGAGGCGCUGCUCAGCUACGACGUAUGUGUGUCGAUCUGUGCCCUGCUUGACCUGCUGAGCCGACGGGAAAUCAUUGGCGCCCCGCCGCCGCAAGCCAGAAUGAACGCCACUGAGGUGAGCGGGGUGGCUGAGAAACACAGCCAAGAUGGGGCGCCAACACGUGAUGUGCGGCUGACCAAGACCGACGUGGACUGCCUCCGCACCUCGCUCACCACGUGUCUGCUCUCCCUCAUCGAAGGCUGCCGCUCGCCCGAGAUCUUUCGCUGCGUCCUCGCACAGAUUCCCAUUGACGUCAUCGAACGCCAGCUUUCAAUCGCCAGGCCGGAGCUGUGCGAUCGCAUUCUCGAGGAUGAGACGUUUGAGGAUGACCCGUGCGUGGCGACCCUCUUCAACUGGCUCAUCUUCCUCAACACGAUCCGGCCCUACGCCGAGGGGCUCUACCUGCGGCACAUUGACGAGAUCCUGCGCCACACCGUGAAGCUGAAGCAGCGCCUGGGCAUGAUUGAGAUCCAGCGCGAGGAUGGGCUGCUUGAGCAGGUUUUCUUCCGUAUCCCCUUCAUUUGCCACGGGCUCUCGCAGAGCAUCAAGGACGACGUACUCUGGGGUGUCAACCGCACCAGCCGGGCGACGAAGUUGGGCGACUUUCUGCAUCAGACGGACAACCUUAUUUUUGAGGUGGAGCGGGCCCACGGCUUCCAUCGCUGGGUUGGGCGCUGGACGCGUUUUCGCCUGACCAACGCCGACACCGCCGCCGAGAGCGAGGCUCUGCCCACGGAGGAGGCGGUGAGGGAGAACAGGGUGCGGCUCUACACCCUAAAGCGAUGCUGGAAUCAGUACCUGGCGCCGUUCAUCUUUUCCUCGCAGCUCUCGUACUACGAGUACGCCUCCGUCGUUUUGGCCGUGCUCAUCAACGUGGAGCUCAUCUCGGUGCAGGGGGUGAUGUGGAGCACGGCGACCGUGCGCUUCCUGAAUUCCACCAUCACGUACCUUUGCGUUCUACAGUUUCUGCUCUCCUGUGCGGCGCUGUGCGUGGACGCCGUUGUGUUUUUCCCGGUGCUCCUCUACAAGGAGUACCGGCUCAAGCAACACUUGUGGUCGGGCAGCGCAAAGACCAACGCAACGAUGCAGGAGGUCUUCGCCGGGCUAAGCGCCCGCGAGGUGGUCUAUCUUUUCUGCGCCCGCUUUACCAUCCAGUUCCACAUCUUCCUUGUGGCGAUGGCCGCGUUGGCCCUCUUCGUCUCGCGCUACUUUGCCGCCGCCCACCUGCUGCUGAUCAUCUACAAGGUGCCCACCCUGCGCACCUUCAUCAACGCCAUCACGCAGAACGGGAAGCAGCUUCUGUUGACCGCCUUUCUCGGGGUUGUCGUGCUGUACCUCUUCGCCAUUGUUGGCUACCUCCUUUUUCCGCAGCAGUUUGACAGCGACGAUGGCGCCAACAAGAACUGCGUCAGCCUCCUCCGCUGUUUUCUGUUUAUUCUCUGGCAGGGGCUUCGCCAGGGCGGCGGUGUCGGCGACAUCAUGCAGGAGGAGCCGUGGUCGAGCGGAACCCUGUUCCCACGCCUCAGUUACGACCUGGUCUUCUUCUCCCUUGUCAACGUCGUGUUCCUUAACAUCAUGUUUGGUCUCAUCAUCGACACCUUUGGCGAGCUGCGUGACGCGAAGCGGGAGAAGGAGGUGGACAUGCAGAGCACCUGCUUCGUCUGCGGCCUGAAUGCGGACGUCUUUGAAAAGGCCCACGUCGGCGGGCUCCGGGCGCACGUGCGGCAGGAGCACAAUAUGUGGAUGUACCUUUACUUUAUCCACUACCUGCGGCGCAAGGACCCGAGCGAGUUCACAGGGCAGGAGUCGUACGUGGAUGCGAAGCUUCAGCGAAACGAGCUCAGCUUCUUUCCGGAGGAGAAGUGCCUCACCUUGGAGAAGGACAAGAAGGAGCAGGGGGGCGUGGGCGACGCGGAGAAGGAGGCGGCCGGCAUGGACGAGGAGGGAGGCGCCGCGCAGCCGGGCCGUGACGGGCCACCGGUGGCGAAGGACGCGGGGGCGGCGGGCGGCCAGCAGGUGGCGCUGACGCUCAGGGAGUUGGCCGGGGUGAAGGAGGCGCUCAGCAGGUUCCUCCGCGAGCUCGGCGAGGACGCCCAGAAGGUGAAGUCGAUGAUUCAGCAGCUGGAGAUCACCAGCCGCAGCGUGCACGGUGGCGCGUCUAUCAGCGGCGGCGGGCCGCAUGGCUCGGCGUCUGCCGCCGGCACGCUUGUCAGCAGAGGGGCCGCGUCGCAAAUUUCAUUGCGACGCCGCGCACAAAGAAGCAGGGAGAAAAAGAGUCCUACACCGCAGGAGGAGGCGUAG